GCCCCGAGUCACUCCCCGCCCCGAGCCCCGCGGCGGAGCGGAGCAGGAGCGGAGCAGCUCGGCACGGCUCGGCUCGGCUCGGCACGGCACGCAGCAUGGAGCCAGCAAGGCGGUGGCGAGCGCUGCUCCUCCUGGGGCUGGGGCUCUCGCUGCUGCUGGUGGUGGCCGGUGACUUCUGCAACGUCAACCACUGUCAGAACGGGGGCACCUGCCUGACCGGCAUCAACGAGGCCCCCUUCUUCUGCAUCUGCCCUGAAGGCUAUGUGGGGAUUGACUGCAACGAGACAGAGAAAGGUCCCUGCCACCCUAACCCUUGCCACAACAAUGGCGAGUGCCAGUUGGUCCCAAAUCGAGGGGACGUCUUCACCGACUAUAUCUGCAAGUGCCCCGCGGGGUACGACGGGGUGCACUGCCAGAACAACAAGAACGAGUGCUCCUCCCAGCCCUGCAAAAACGGAGGCACCUGCCUAGACCUGGAUGGCGACUACACCUGCAAGUGCCCUUCUCCCUUCUUCGGGAGAUCCUGCCACGUCCGCUGUGCCGUUCCCCUGGGCAUGGAAGGAGGAGCCAUCUCGGACGCGCAGCUCUCGGCCUCCUCCGUCCACUACGGCUUCCUCGGCCUCCAGCGCUGGGGGCCGGAGCUCGCCCGCCUCAACAACCACGGCAUCGUCAAUGCCUGGACCUCCAGCAAUUACGACAAGAGCCCGUGGAUCCAGGCCAACCUGCUGAGGAAGAUGAGGCUGAGCGGCAUCGUCACGCAAGGCGCUCGCCGCGUGGGGAAGUCGGAGUACAUCCGCGCCUACAAAGUGGCCUACAGCCUGGACGGCAAGGAGUUCACCUUCUGCAAGGACGAGAAGCAGGACACGGACAAGGUUUUCCAGGGGAAUGUGGACUAUGGCACCAUGCAGACCAACUUGUUCGACCCUCCCAUCACGGCCCAGUUCAUCCGCAUCUACCCCGUGGUGUGCCGCCGCGCCUGCACGCUGCGCUUCGAGCUCAUCGGCUGUGAGAUGAACGUGUAUUUCAACACGGCAGGUUGCUCGGAGCCUCUGGGCAUGAAAUCCCGCCUGAUCUCUGACCAGCAGAUCACAGCCUCCAGCGUCUUCAAGACGUGGGGCAUCGACGCCUUUACCUGGCACCCCCAUUACGCCCGCCUGGACAAGACGGGCAAGACCAACGCCUGGACGGCGCUGCACAACGGGCAGGCCGAGUGGCUGCAGAUUGACCUCCGGGACCCGAAGAAGGUGACGGGCAUCAUCACGCAAGGCGCCCGCGACUUCGGCCACAUCCAGUACGUGGCAGCCUACAAAGUGGCCUACAGUGACAACGGCACCUCCUGGACCGUGUACCGGGACAGCCAGACCAACAGCACCAAGAUUUUCCACGGCAACAGCGACAACUACUCGCACAAGAAGAACGUCUUCGACGUGCCCUUCUACGCCCGCUUCGUGCGCAUCCUGCCCGUGGCCUGGCACAACCGCAUCACGCUGCGCGUCGAGCUGCUGGGCUGCGACGAGUAGGCGCCGGGGCGGCGCGCGCAGCAACAACGGGGCUGCUCUUCCCCGCCGCCCGGCCCCCGCCCCCGCGCACCUCCCGCUCCAACCUCAAGCCCCCCUCUUCCCCCUCCCCGAAAUUC